GCACCGCCAUGAACAGACAGCUCCUGACUGUGCUGCUGCUGCUCCUGCUGGGAGUCUCAGGCCCAUGGGGACAGGGACAGGAUCCACAGGGUCCCUUGGAGGACGUCCCAAAGGAGCCCCCUGGGGAGGAAGUUCCCAAAGAGGACGGGGUUUUGGUGCUGAGCAACCGCACCCUGAGCCUGGCACUGCAGGAACACCCGGCCCUGCUGGUGGAAUUCUAUGCCCCAUGGUGUGGGCACUGCCAGGCAUUGGCCCCUGAGUACAGCAAAGCAGCCACUCUGCUGGCAGCCGAGUCAGCCCCAGUUACACUGGCCAAGGUGGAUGGGUCUGCAGAGCUGGAGCUGAUGGAGGAGUUUGGUGUGACAGAGUACCCUACCCUCAAGUUCUUCCGAGAUGGGAACCGCACAAACCCUGAGGAGUACACAGGGCCCCGGGAGGCUGAGGGCAUUGCUGAAUGGCUGAGGCGGCGGGUGGGGCCCAGUGCCACGCAUCUCAAGGAUGAAGAGGGCACUCAGGCACUGAUAGAUGCCUGGGACAUAGUGGUCAUCGGCUUCUUCCAGGACCUGCAGGAUGAGGACGUGGCUACCUUCCUAGCCCUGGCCCGGGAGCUAGAUAUAACCUUUGGCCUUACUGACCAACCACAGCUCUUUCAGAAGUUUAGCCUCACCAAGGACACAGUAGUCCUCUUCAAGAAGUUUGAUGAAGGUCGAGCUGACUUCCCAAUGGAUGAGGAGACUGGCCUGGACCCGGUGGAUCUGUCCCGCUUCCUGGUCACACACAGCAUGCACCUGGUCACAGAGUUCAACCAGCAGACAUCCCAGAAGAUCUACGCUGCCCGGAUACUUAACCACUUGCUGCUGUUUGUGAACCAGACCCUGGCCCAACAUCAAGAGCUGCUGGCUGGUUUCAGGGAGGCAGCUCCCCCUUUCCGGGGGCAGGUUCUCUUUGUGGUGGUGGAUGUGGCUGCCAACAAUGACCACGUGCUACAGUACUUCGGUCUCAAGGCUGAGGAGGCCCCCACCUUGCGUUUGGUCAACGUUGAGACCACCAAGAAGUACGCACCCACAGAUGGGGUCCCGGUCACUGCAGCUUCUGUGGCUGCCUUCUGCCACUCAGUCUUCAGUGGUGAAGUCAAGCCCUACUUGCUGAGCCAGGAGCUUCCCCCUGACUGGGAUCAGCGGCCUGUUAAGAUCCUUGUGGGCAAGAAUUUUGAGCAGGUGGCUUUUGAUGAAACCAAGAAUGUGUUUGUGAAGUUCUAUGCACCAUGGUGCAGCCACUGUAAAGAGAUGGCCCCAGCUUGGGAGGCACUGGCUGAGAGGUACCAAGACCAUGAGGAUAUUGUCAUUGCUGAGCUGGAUGCCACAGCCAACGAGCUGGAGGCUUUUGCAGUGCACGGCUAUCCCACUCUGAAGUACUUCCCAGCAGGGCCAGGUCGGAAGGUGAUUGAAUACAAAAGUGCCAGGGAUCUAGAGACAUUCUCCAAGUUCUUGGAUGCCGGGGGCAAGCUGCCUGUGGAAGAGCCCACAGAGCAGCCUGAGACUCCCUUUCCGGAGCCACCAGACAACUCCACCUUGGGGCCCAAAGAGGAGCUGUAGCUGCCCUGGAGCAUCUCCCUGGAGUCUUGGUGCAGUGGAGUGAGCUGUGUGCUGCAAAUAAAGAAAAGUUGGUCCUA